AUGCCAAACCGUGAGAGGAGCCCUAGUCCCAAAUCCAAGGCGAGCUCUCCACCUGCGGUUCAUGAGGGGAACCUUAAAGCUCAGAACUUUAACGAACAGCAUCGAGACACGAACCUUACAUCCUUACCUCACAAGAAACCAGAUGUAUACCAGUACGACGCCAGAAAAGGUCGUCAAGAUCGCGCGGGUACCGCGGGUGUUGGGAUGCUAUACCAGGAUAGCAAAGCAUCUGUGGAUCAUUUAGGUGCCACAGAAUGGUCUCAGGCUAGCAAUGGUCACUCGCAAAUUAUACCACCUGGUUUUGACGGCCACCUCCAGGUGAAAGAUUCAUUUUUGACAGGACCCGCAUUGCUGUACUUCACCUCGGUGUUUGUAUCUCUGGGGGUCUUCCUGUUCGGUUACGACCAAGGUGUCAUGUCCGGAGUGAUCACGGGCCCCAUUUUCAAGGAGUACUUCAACGAUCCUUCCCGCGCAGCAAUCGGAAACAUGGUUUCGAUUCUGGAAAUUGGCGCUCUGAUCAGUUCUUUGAUGGUUGGACGUUUGGGCGAAAAAUGGGGCCGUAGGCGUACUAUCAGAUAUGGGUCGGUCGUUUUUAUCGUAGGUGGGCUAAUCCAAACGUGCGCUAUGCGCAUGCCCCAUUUGAUUGUCGGAAGAAUUAUUAGUGGUCUUGGAGUGGGUCUUCUAAGCACCAUUGUACCCAUCUACCAGUCUGAAAUCUCUCCUCCUCAUAAUCGAGGCAAGCUAGCUUGCAUUGAGUUCACUGGUAAUAUUGUCGGGUAUUGUUCGAGUGUCUGGGUUGACUAUGGCUGCUCUUUCAUCCAAAACAACGCUUCUUGGAGACUGCCAUUGUUAAUCCAAUGUAUCAUCGGGUCCUGCUUACUUGCUGGUAGUUUUAUUAUCGUCGAGACUCCAAGAUGGCUCUUAAACCACGAUCAUGAUGUCGAGGGCCUUAUUGUGAUUGCUGACUUGCACAGCGGAGGUGACGUCCAGGACUCCAGAGCCCAUGAUGAAUUUCAAGCUAUCAAGGAAACUGUUUUGGUGUCGCGCCUAGAGGGGGAGAAGAAAUCGUACAGUUAUGUCUUCAAGCGUUACAGAACUAGAAUGCUUAUUGCUAUGAGCUCUCAAAUGUUUGCGCAACUGAAUGGUAUUAACGUAAUCUCAUACUAUGCGCCUAUGGUUUUUGAGCAAGCCGGAUGGGUAGGAAGAGAUGCAAUUUUAAUGACCGGAGUUAAUGGUAUUAUCUACGUGGUUUCGACAAUAUUACCAUGGCACUUGGUUGAUAAAUGGGGCCGCAAGCCAAUUUUACUCACUGGUGGCAUGGUAAUGGGUCUUUCUCUAGUUUCCAUUUCGGCCUCACUUUUUGUGAACACUUCUUUCACCCCCAACCUUGUCGUAGUUUUCGUGAUAAUAUUCAAUGCCUUUUUUGGCUUCAGUUGGGGUCCUAUUCCUUGGCUAUAUCCUGUUGAAAUCGCUCCCCUCUCUGCACGUUCGGCUAUGGCUUCUGCCUCGACUGCAACAAAUUGGUUGUGCAACUGGUUGGUGGGAAUUAUGACUCCAAUUUUACAGGAAAAAAUCGAGUGGAGGUUAUAUCUCAUACACGCGGCCUCAUGCUUCAUUUCAUUCUGGUGUGUGCUCAGAAUAUAUCCUGAAACUGCGGGAUUGAGGCUAGAAGAUAUGGGUUCAGUAUUUGAUGAUAAAUCAUCUACUUUCAGCUUCCAUGGCGCCAUUACAGGUGUGGAUGUUGAUGCCGCUUCGCAUGCAAAUGGCUCGAACGCGAAUCCAUCCACUGCUCGCAAGCCUCCAAUGAAUGCCCAAACAACGUUGCUCGAUGGUUCUAACACAGUAUUGUCCCAACUGCACCCCGUCAGCAGUCAACAUGAUUCGUCGUUCAGUCAGCCCGUGGCGAACAGCAGUGCUCAAAGUAUCAAAUCAAAGAAGAGUAUUGCCAGUGCAAACAUGCUUUCUGCUGAUGCCCUCGAGCCUCCAUCAUUGCAACAGGUUCUUGAUUUUAAGAGGGGUCAACAGCAGCCGGGAAAUUUGAGAAGAUUGGUCAGAAGAGGCUCAGAGACCGUAAACCUGAUAGUUGGCAAGGUUGUUUCACUAGGAAAGUCAGAAGAGGGCGGCCAAUACGGGACUUUACCGACUUCUAAUGCCCCGGGAUCCGGGAAUUGA